AUGACGAUCAGUGGCCUCCGACGACUGCGUAAUGAAAACCGAGAAGGAUCAAUUGCAGAGCUGAGCUCGUUGGGUGGACUGGAUAUUGACACUGCGACUCUCAACCUGGGCCCGACAACACGACCCACUUCGACCUCUGACGCCCCCCUCCGCACUAUGGUCGAUGCCAUCGAUAUGCACAAAGCCUUGUUUCCGUCAGAAGUCAAACGACUUGUUGAAGAGGCAGCAACAAACACGGACCGGCUCAGUGCAUUUUUCAGCAUUACGGAUCUGAUGCAGCAUGAGACGAAGAUGGAAACCCAUGCGAAGACGUGUAUGUUGCUGUCGACUUGCCUUAAAGCCUUCCCUGGGAUUGCACUGUUUCCUGUGGACGAAACCGAUGUCUACCAGCCACCUCCUGGCUCGGCGUGGUAUGCAAAGCGACGUGAUAUCGAGGACUCAUUACUGAGAAACUUACGAAAAUACAUUCGGUUCUCAGAGCACUUUGUCCGAAAACCUCCACGCUACGAAGAAAAGGUUCACGUAGAGCUCAAUAAGUUCCAUGCCUUCGCGGACAAAUUUUUUGACUUGUCUUCCAAGCUCUCAAAUUCUAACGAGAGGCUUCGUCUUAUGGAGCUGGUGGACAGCUACGAACGAAUGAAGUUGGAUCGUCUGAAGAAGCGGGAGGAACGCGCCAUCAUCCGCGCAGAUAGGGCCGCUCGUAAACUGGAACGAGAGCUAUUGAGGCAGAAGCGGGACGCUGAGUUGCACGCGCCAGUAGAAAUAGAAAUAACUUGA